AUGUCUUCGAAUGGAGACCAUGUGGAAAAGGUCAGCGAGCCUCAGCCCGCGUGUGAGGCACACCAGCACCAAGCCGGCUCGACCACCCACCGCGACCUGGACGAGUGGAAGCACCGCGAGCCGUACAAAAUCCACGAAACCGGCGAAGACUUCCCCGUGAGGUGGCGAGGAGGGUGCCACUGCGGGCGCGUGAAGUACCAGCUCAGCCGUGAGCGGCCCCUGGUUUCAAAAUACUGUCACUGCACCACGUGCCAGCGGCUUCACGGCGCCCCGUUCCAGUGGGCCACCAUCUUUCACAAGAAGGACAUCAACUUCACGCACGGCCAUCACGACCUGGGCUGGUACGACCCGACUGCAAAGACGCAGACGCAUCACCUCCCUUGCAAGGUGCAGUGCGCCUUCUGCCGGACGCCCAUCAUGGACGAGGGGAGGAACAUGAUCCUGCUCUACCCCACUCUCAUCGAGGGCAUUGAGACGCCCGAGGCGAGGAAGGCAUUUGAGUCUAAAUGCCACAUGUUCUACCACCAGAGAGUGGUAGACUUCAAAGGAGACGGGAUUGCAAAGUGGUCUGGGCUGGAAGGUGAGAGCGACUUGCUGGACGAUGAUGGGAACGUGGUCAAGAAAAGGAAGCAAGAAAAGGGAAAAGCUUGA